AUGCGAAUAGCCCUAGUAUGCUUCUUCUCUAACGCUAUAGUUUUGGUUCUACUUCUGCUGGUGGCCAUAGCCACUGCGGGGAAAACUGCACAUAAGAAGAGGGAUCCGGAUGUUGAUAAUAUGGAGGAGUCUACUGCAUUAACGGUGAAUGAUGACGAUGAUGAUGGGAAGGGCCCGUGGAGUCGGCUAGAAGCUCAAUACCAUCUUUUCGUGAAAUUGCUCGAUAUCGCUAUACCGGUGAUGGCUAUGGUAUUCGGAGUUUGCUUUUUCAUUGAGAUGAACGUCCUUAUCGAUGCUAAGGACCAUGGAUCGAUGGCUGAUGUGGCGUAG